UGACAGAUCUGCUCAAAAACAGCUCCGCUUCAAGUUAGCUUCAACAAUGUAUAGUUAGACAGAUGAAGUCAACAAGUCUCGCUUACUUUUUAGUCUUGUCUUCAAUUAUAGACGCGCAUCGCUGAGGCGUGUGUCAGUGUAUGUGUGAGAGAGAAGUUAACCAUAUUUUUCAUUAGCCUGUAUCAACAACGUUUUUGUCAAGUGUGCUGUUGGACCAUUCAAGAGGAACACAUGAAUCGCAAAAUUGGUGCACGUGUUCCUCACUUCUUGCAUUUUAUUCGCUAAUUAAUAUCAGUGUGGAAGACUUCAUUUGUCAAGAUGGUAGGAAACGGAUCGCAAAUGUGUCAAAUAGCCUAGUGACUGAGAUGGACAUAUAGAAUCUGGAACUGAAAUAGAGACAGAUGGACCUGAAAUAGGUUUUUCGACAGUGACAGUGGAUGUGCAAGUUCCUUGCUAGGCUUCGUCACCACUCCGGACAGAGUGGCCCAUGGACCUGCGUACCCAGAGGUUGGUGCGUCCCGAGCCUGACUCGGGUUUGCUGGCACCCCAUCACUCCAUCUUCCUAGGAGCAUUCUUAGCCCAGGACUCCCAGAAGCACCUGCCACAUCACAUCCACUACGAGUACGACAUGGAGCAGAGUUGCCAGGAGAAAGAGCAGGACAAGAGACAGGAACUGCAGCAGCUGAUGUAUAAGGAUAAGAGUGAGCAAAGUGCUGUGGCCAGUCCCCUGGUGAAACAGAAACUCAGAAGCCAAAUCCUGAAGAGGACGGAGCAGGCCGCCCUGGAGACGACCGCCUCCAACUCCACCAGAAACACGCCCAGGAGUUACAGGGAACUGGCCCCAGAUCCUGACAUGCCCCCAAGGCCUCACAUGGUGACCCCUGUUGUCCAUCAUCCACCAUGUGACCAACGCAAGGACACGCCCCUCAGAAGAACAGCUUCUGAUCCCUUCCUGAAGGUGAGAAGUAAACUGAAGAAGCACAUCAACUCCAGGCAGAACCCUCUCCAACGCAAGACCAGCACCCUGCCCACAAUCAAGCCCAGAAUUCCGGAUACUCUGGACUCCUCCCCCAGCAGCAGUACAUGUAGCACUCCAGUGUCUGGGUGCAGCUCGCCCAAUGACAGCCUUCUCUCGGACAGCACACUUACUACCGGACUAACCCACGUGGUUCAGAGGUUGCUACUACAGGAUGGUACGCUGGCCCACUUCAUGGUGCCCUGCUCCACCGCCCUGCCGAGCAUCAGCACCGGGCUUCCUGGCCAUGGUGAUUGGGAAACGGGUAGUUAUCAGAGGGUGGCCAGGGUACUGCCCCAGGUCUACCUGCCCAUGGAGAGACACAGUGCUGCCCACCAUCACCUCCAGCCCAUGUUCAUCCUGGAGCCCUCAGGACUGCUGCAUACACAGCUAGUCACUGUGCGAGGUCUGAACCCAGGCCUUAUCCAGUACCCCUCCUCCAGACUGGAAGGCCUGGCCACCUUGGGCCGCCACAGGCCCCUGGGUCGGACCCGGUCUGAGCCCCCACUGCCCUCUCACCAGCAGCACCAGCUACUGCAGCAGAACCACAAUCUGCUGCUGGAGAGACUCAAACAAAACACACACCUGGACCAGCCUCAUCUCACACAGAUCUCCUCGGAGGACAUGGACCCAGAGGAGAUCGGGUUAGGGGAGGAGGAUGGAUACCAGAGAAGUAGACGGAGUGGAGCCAGCAGCUCUGAGUCAAUGUGGGACACAGAGUAUACAUCCUCACAAGACAGCCAUGGGGAACAUAUCAGGAAAUACACACCUCUGGUGAAUCAGUCAUUCCAUUGGGAGCAGUCCAGGCACCUUCAGGUCCUGACAGAAAGGCGCAGACAGGUGACCUACCUGGACCCCCUGGGUGUGCCUGUGGUUCUUGGGCCUUCCCACCGCCCCCUUGGCCGCGCAAAGUCCUCCCCUGCCUCCACCUCUCUUCCCCCUCCUCCGCAGCCCACAGACACCCCGCUGUCUCUGGCCAGCACUGGUCCAGAGACCCCCACCAAGCUACGAUUCACCACUGGUCUGGUGUAUGACUCUCAGAUGCUAAAGCACCAGUGCACCUGUGGCGACAACAGCCGACACCCAGAGCAUGCUGGGAGAAUCCAGAGCAUCUGGUCCAGAUUGCAAGAAAGUGGCCUCAGGAACCAGUGUGAGUGUAUCCGUAGCAGGAAGGCCUCUCUGGAGGAGCUUCAGUCUGUCCACUCCGAGAAGCACGUCCUGCUGUAUGGCACCAACCUACUCCAUCGUCUCAAACUGGACAACCGCAAGCUGGCUGGGAUCUUAUCUCAAAGGAUGCGUGUGAUGUUACGAUGUGGAGGAGUUGGGGUGGACAAUGAUACGAUCUGGAACGAGAUGCACACAUCAACGGCGUCUCGCUUGGCAGCAGGCAGUGUGACGGAGCUUGCACUCAGGGUGACACAGGGAGAGCUGAAGAAUGGCUUUGCAGUGGUGAGGCCCCCUGGACAUCAUGCAGCCCACUCUACCCCCUUGGGUUUCUGCUUCUUCAACUCCGUGGCCAUUGCAGCCAAGCAGCUCCAGCACAAACUCGGCGUCAGCAAGAUCCUCAUUGUGGACUGGGAUGUUCACCAUGGGAACGGUACCCAGUCGGUCUUCUACAACGACCCCAGCGUGCUGUACAUCUCCCUGCAUCGCUAUGACAACGGCAAAUUCUUCCCCGGUAGCGGGGACCCAGCUGAGGUGGGAGUAGGAGCAGGUGAGGGCUUCAAUGUCAAUGUGGCGUGGACGGGAGGCUUGGACCCCCCCAUGGGCGACGCAGAAUACCUAGCAGCAUUCAGGACUGUGGUGAUGCCGAUUGCCUAUGAGUUCUGUCCUGACGUGGUGCUGGUCUCAUCUGGUUUCGAUGCCGUCGAGGGACAUCUGGCACCACUGGGGGGCUACAAAGUGUCAGCCAAGUGUUUUGGUUUUCUAACACGGCAGCUGAUGGGGCUGGCAGGGGGGCGGGUUGUCAUGGCGCUGGAGGGGGGUCACGAGCUCACGGCCAUCUGCAAUGCCUCUGAGGCCUGUGUCAGGGCCCUGCUGGGCAUCCAGGAACCCCUGUCUGAAGCAGUCCUAGAGAGGAGACCCUGUCCCAACGCUGUCCUCUCUCUGCAGAGAGUCAUCCAGGCCCAGGGUGAGUACUGGCGGUCGUUGAGGGUGGUGGCCCACACAGUGGAUCAGUCAUACAUGCAGGCCCAAGGACACAGUCUGAGACGUGGCUCAGAGGACCACAAUGACACCGUCUCUGCCCUGGCCUCUCUCUCCAUGGCCAGCCUCACCACAAACAGGACACAACCAGAUGAACUUAUGGAGGGGGACAGAGACUCCAUGUAGACAAGUGCACUUUCCGACAAACCUAACACACACACACACACACACACACACACACACACACACACACACACACACACACACACACACACACACACACACACACACACACACACACACAGUGAUCCACUCAGCCCUGCUUCACUUGACCAGCAUCCACUGUCUCCAGUUGACACUGUACAGACCAUAUCCUGACCACUUUAGGCAAACUGAGUAGCUUCCGCCUCACACACUCUUACACCUCAUCAGAACACAGUUCUACUGGCCUUACUACAACCACUCGCUUGAUUCGACCGCAUCUCAACCGCACACUGAUAACACAUCCCAUUAACAGGGUACAGGAGGACCAAGAGAGAGGAGAAUGAACACUGUCUUCAUGACAUGCCUCUGCAUGCCUCUCUCGUGUGUAACAUUGUGAACGGUGAGAACACAGAAGGAGAGGAGUAGCAGACCUGAGCAUAAACUGGAGGGGGAAAGAUAUACCAUUAUAAACACCACCGGGGGGGAGGGGUUGAGACUUGACUUGUAGCAUGAAGUGACUUGACAAAGACCAGCUACAUGACUGGCUGUAAGCAGAGUCUCUCUGGGGAAGUGAGCUUCUUGUUUAGCCUUCGGUCACAGGUUACCGCUGCACAUCGCCAGGCCGACAGAACCGACCCACACAGAAGUAGUCCCUCGGCCCCACAGAAGUUACUAUGAAGGAGAACAGACGUCACCGGGGGGACACUUAUCUCUUAUUGAUCAUGUCAUUUGAAUUUAUGUCACGCCAACAAAAUGAAGAAAAAGAAAGAAGACUGGGAAUUUUGUUCUGACUUUUUUUGCACUGUGUAUUUUGUAAUGUGAACCAAAGAGAGAAUGACAGAAUGGACCUGGGAUUGACAAUAAAACAUGUAAAUUAUCAUACUCAUGUUUUUAAGCUGAUUUAAAUAUUGUAAGUUUGAUUUAUUGCUUAUUGUAUAUCAAAUGUCAAUACAUAAUGGUCAUGUUUUUUAAGUAGUAAAUAGAGAAGGCCUAGAACCCUGUGAUUCAGAGAUGUUCUAGUUGUUGUUCUUCCAAUGCAAAAGUGGGGUGUAAGACUCCCUCUCAGACAGCACUUAAGGAAAAUAUGAAAAGGUAUCAUUUAUAUCUCAAGUUGAUGGCAUCCUCAUUCUUUGUCAUUCUAAUGAUAACAUUUAUUAGGAAAUGAAUCCAAUGACUCACUGUGACAACUCAGGGAACCACUUGUUAGUGAGAGAGGAGUCAGAUUAAACGUUCCAGAGGUGUUUCAGGCGAGGACACACACACCGCCAUACGGUCCUACGCUACGCUCGGCCACUCACAAAGUGUUUAUGCAUGUGUAUGUAAAUCACUGCAUUUACAUGUUGUCAGCAGGGUAUUUCAACGUAAUGAAGGUAAAAUACAACUAAUGUUGCUGGGUUCAAGGCAGAUGAAUAAAACAGCUGAACUGACUUCAGUCCUAAACUCUGACUGGCACUUAAAAUCUGUCUGUUGACUUCACAGGACUCAACACAAAUGCACUUACAAUGUCUUAAAUGUUGGGAUUGUGUUUUAGUAAAAUUACACAUUUUUUAUAUGUCUAUUCCACUCUGACAAUGCCUUUUUUUUAUUGUUGUUCUGUUGUGAUUUCACAAAGACCAGUUUUUUAACAUGUGGAUUUAUUGACAUGCCUGUUGUAUUUUCUAUCUUUGAUAGGCUGUAUAUUUUUUUUAUGCUUAGUUUUCUACUAUGAAAGACAAGUGAACAAGGAUUUGUUCAUAUCAGAUUAUCUACCACUCGAUUUACAAAAAACAGUCAGGUAUUUUUGUUCCUGGAUCAUACUGCAGUUAGCAUAUAACGUUUGAAAUUAGCACUUAGUUGUUGGAGUCAGCUUGUUAAGCUAACUGACUAUAGUAUGUAGAACAAUUGAGCACAGGUUGAGAGAAGACAAAAGUUAAAAGCCUUCUGUGAACAGCAUCCCAUUCGUAAAGUGGUAUGGCCUCUGGACAUAACUUCAAAGACUUUUGUGAAUUCCUGAUUGUAUUUGUAUUUAAGCAGAGGUUUUUGUUCUUAAUAUUAAAAAAUAUGGAUUAAAAAACUG